AUUUAUUUACAUGCUCUGUGCUGCUGCUGCAAGUGUUGUGUUUCUGGAUUCUUGCCAUUGACCUUUUUGUUUCCGUGACCAACUCGUCUGAUAGAACCGAAUCACCCACCACAAUCAUGCGUUCAGUUGCCUUCAACAACACCCUCCGGGGUCUAUCCCGGGCCGGCUCCCGCUUCCAGCCCGCUACCCUUCCCCGUGUUGCGGCUGCCCGUGCCUAUUCUACUCCUGCCGAGAGCCAGUAUGAGUUUAUCCAGGUCUCCGAGCCCCGUCCUGGUGUCGGUCAAGUAACCCUCAACCGCCCCAAAGCCCUCAACGCCCUCUCCACCCCGCUCAUCACCGAACUCAACUCGGCCCUCCUCUCCUUCCAACAAUCCCCCACCAUCCGCGCCAUCGUCCUCACCGGCUCCGAGCGCGCCUUCGCCGCCGGCGCCGACAUCAAGGAGAUGGCCCCCCUGACUUUCUCCAAGGCCUUCCUCGACUCCUUCAUCGAGUCCUGGUCCAACCUGACCUUCACCGUCAAGAAGCCCAUCAUCGGCGCCGUCUCCGGCCACGCCCUCGGCGGCGGCUGCGAACUGGCUCUGAUGACGGACAUCAUCUACUGCACCAAGACGGCCAACUUUGGCCAACCCGAGAUCAAGCUGGGCACGAUCCCCGGUGCGGGCGGGUCCCAGCGGCUGACGAGGGCGGUGGGGAAGAGCAAGGCUAUGGAGCUGAUUCUCACGGGAAAGAGCUUCAGUGGUGAGGAGGCGGAGAGGUGGGGAGUUGCGGCGAGGGCAUUUGAUAGCUAUGAGGAAUUGAUGGAGCAGGCGCUCAAGACGGCAGAGACGAUUGCGGGAUAUAGCAAGGUGGCGGUGCAGGCGGCGAAGGAGGUGGUUAACAAGAGCCAGGAGGUUGGACUGAGGGAUGGAGUAGAGUAUGAGAGGCGCAUGUUCCAUGCCUUGUUUGGAAGCCAGGAUCAGAAGAUUGGAAUGAAGGCUUUUGCGGAGAAGGGCAAGGCCAAGUGGGUUGAUGAGUAAUGUAUGACUGGUUGGACAGGACAGUUGUAUGUUUAGGUUAGAAGAGAAAUGAAGAUUUGUGAUUACCCUC